AUGACGUUCCUGACUUUGGAGUGGGGCUUCAAAUCCCCGAACGCAUCUGCCAGCACAUGCAUCGCCUUGUCAUCAGGGCGUCUCGGCCCGUUCUCGGCCCGUUGGUGCUUUAAUGCUCAGGUAUUUCUUCUCAGCCGAAAAUCUGCCAAGAUGAUUGCGGCAUUUGCAAAGAUACGGCUGGAGGCUACCUUAGACAUCAUUUCACACAGGGAAAUGCAAACUGUGGGAAGAACCUCGCAAUGGGCCGCCCAUGGGCGGGGGAAAGAGGCCCACGGCCCGCCCGCGUCGCCCACGGGGCAGGAGGAAGAUGCCCAAGGCCCUGCCCAUGGGCCGCCCAUCUACAGCCCAUCAGCUGCAUAUUUUCCCAAAUAG